AUGCUGCUUUUCGCUUUUAUUAUUUACUACACUUCUACUCUUCUAUCAGUUGGUUAUCGAACGGGUGACCAACUUAACGGCAAAAGAAAUUAUACUUACACACAAGCUGUUAGAGCAUAUCUUGGUGGCUAUAAGGUCAAACUUUGUGGAAUUGUUCUUAUGCUGCGCCAAAGGCAUAUAGUGAACCGUUUGCAAAAUUCAACCGUAUCCGGUAAAAAUGAACUCUCAUAUGCAAAGCAGGUAGGUUUCUUUCGACCAAUAAUUGGCGGAUCUGUUACUUACAAUGAUCAACCAUAUUCCAAGUUCUUAAAAAGCAGCUUGUUCACAUAUGGUAUCUAUGAGCUAGGCUUGGAGAGUUUGGAUUCUACAUCAGCCUUGGGGAUUGUUCAAAUGCUACAUGACAUAGCUGUGGUUUGCAUCUAUCAGUUUAAGGGCAGAGUUGUUAAUGUUGGUUUCAAGCGCCUGGAGAAGAGUCUAAGGUAUAUUAUCAUGUUUUUUUAUUGAACUGCACAAUAUUUACCAUUUUUUUAUUAAAACUAUAUACAACUAACUAACUAGGACUAGGGGGACCAAGCCAGAGUAGUUGUAGAUACUAUGAGCAGAUUGAGUAGGGCUUCAAUGUUACUCACCUAAUUUUUUCAUGUGAUAGUGAAUCAUUAAUGUGUAAGGAUGCAGAAUAUUCA